AUGACGAGGUGCGGACAGCAGUUCCUCUCGACCAUCAGCGUCAUGGUCCGAGCCCUCACGUUCGAUCAGGGCGGCGGCGGGUACUUCCGACAUGAACGCGGGUCAGUGCGCUUCACAGUUCCAGGCCCCGACUCGUCCACCACGGAGUCGCAGCCGUCCCCGUUCCAGAACAUCAGCGUCAGCAAGAACAGCCAGCAGGGCAGGGGGGGCACCGCCGCGGGCGGCGGGGCCGACCCUGGGCCCCCCCCCGCGGGCAUGACCGCCUCCGCGGGCAUGGCCGCUUCCGCGGGCAUGACCGCCCCCGCGGGCGGGGCCGCCCACGCGGGCGUCGCCGCGAAGCUCCCGCCAACCCCCACACAGGGCACCGAUGCGAAGGACAUCGGCCAGCAUGCGAUCGCGCGGGAUCUUUCCGCGCAGGGCAUCACCGCGGACGGAGUCGAGCAGCAGGAGGCCGCGCCCGCCGCGCAGGACACCGCCGCGCAGGGCCGACCUUGCAUUGGAGCCAUCACGCACGGCACCGCCGUGCAUGACAUGCCGCAGGACGUCGCCGUGCAUGCAGGCAUCACCGCCGCGCAGGACAUCUUUCAUCACGGCGUUGCCACGCCUGUCCGCGCGCCAUCGUUCAUCGCCACCCCGCACGUCUCGAAUGGCGUCCAGGGCAUCUUCAUUCAGGGCAUCGGCAGCCAAUAUGACAUCGCCUCGGCGGGUGCCGCGCCCAGGACGCCAGAACAUUUGCUCACGCGCCAGGUGGCCGAGAACAACGUGCACGCCGCGGGCUACGGCGGCGGCGACAUUCAGACGGGCGGCAUCGGCUCUGACAUGCAGAUGUACGGCGGCAGCCAGCUCAGUUGGUUGCAGGGCAGUCCGAGGGCCCCACCCGCAGGUUGCAGCGUUGGCCGCGCAGUUGGUGGACAGAGGCUUAUUGAUUUUGGCAGGGAGAGCCACGUAUCCAAUGCCGCCCUGUCACAGAUCCUGGUGGAUGCACGUGAGUUCGGGAUCCCAGAUGCCGUCAGUGAGGGGACGAUGCGCAGGCAGCGCAAGGCACUCUGCAGCCAGAAGACAUCCUUUGGCCCGCUGGUCCAGCAGCUUGAUUUAGUUGAUGACGACGGUGCUGCCAUGUCGGCUCCUGUUCAACACCCGCUGGCCGCCCUGGAAGUAGCUUGCAAGCAAUCCCCGCGCGUCAGGGACACGAUUGCAGGCGCAUUGCAAAAGGCGGGUGGCAAGGUCAGGAUGAUCUUGUAUACGGACGAGGUCACGCCAGGCCAACAGCUGAACUCCAGAAAUUAUCGCAAAUGCCACGGAAUUUAUUGGACGCUAGCAGACUUGCCGCCUGAGUUCCUUUGCAUGGAGGAGUGGUGGUUCACGUUGUCAGCUAUCCGCGCCAGCCAGGUGGAUCGCCUCGACGGUGGGAUGAGCCAGCUGAUCAAAAGGUUGCUUCAUGUGUGUUUUGCCCCGCCAUGCAAUUUGAAAAACGGCGUUCAACUCGACCUGUCGUUGGGCAGCCCGCAGCUAGUGUUCGGCGAGGUAUUUUGCUUAUUGCAAGACUUGGUGGCGCACAAGUUGUCGACGUUAUGCAAGGGGCACUCGGGCCACAAACUUUGCCCGCUGUGUCAGAAUGUGGUCUCUCACAAAUGCCCGUGGCUGCCUGACCACACGGGGCGUCUUAUCUCGAGUGCAUGUUUAGAAGUGGACAAGUAUGUGGUCCACACGAAGGACACCAUCACGAGAGUUCUCGAGAGGUUGCAAGCCGUGGCGCAUGGGGGCGGCAACGACCUUCCCCAGUUGGAAACAUUCUUUGGCUUCAACCACUCGGACGAAAAUGCGUUUCUAUGCCCCGUGCUUUCUCUAGACAUGCCCAACUUGAUAAUGUUCGAUUGGAUGCACAUCCUGUUCAUCAGCGGCACUUUCGUGGUCGAGAUGUGCGCGCUGCUUGGUCGACUGGACGCGCACUCGUUAGGGCACGCGCAGCUCGGGGCAUUCUUGACGAAAUUUUGUUGGCCAGGCGGUUACGAAUCUGGUGCGAAAGUAUGUUGUGACGGCAAGUUCGGGGGAUCUGCCUCAGAGAUGCUAUCGGCAACGCCAGUCAUUGCAUUGUAUUUGAUGAACGUUGUUCGCCCGACUGGGGUUUGUGCUAAGGAAGUCGCCAGUGCCCUUCUCUUGUGCGAUCUGGUGGGAACGCUGACAAUCGUGAACGCUGUUGCCCCGAGAGAGCUGGAGACCGCUGUGCUCUCGCAUUUGCGCGCCCACGUUGACGCUUGCGGGCGCGAGAUCUGGAUCCCAAAGCACCACUACAGUGUUCAUUUAGCGCCGAUGCUGCAGAAGUUUGGCUUCUUACUUAACGCGUUUGUACAAGAGAGAAAACACAGAGUUCUGAAAGCCACGUGCACCAAUCGGCACAACACCACCAGCUUCGACACUGGAGUCCUCGAGGACAUGACGUGCCAAGGCAUGCAUGACAUCAGCGCCUCUUUGGACAGCGGGCCCUUGCGGGGGCUGAAGGAUGCCCAUCGAAAAGUGGCCGAGGCAAUGAGGACGGUAAUGGCCAACGACGUCGUGGCAAUAGAUUCGGGCGAGGUGGUUGCAGAGGUGUGGUUUCACGCCGAGGUGGACGGGUUCAGCUGGAUGGGAGGUGGUUCUAUUUGCGGGCCGCGGGGUGCGGGAUGGGAGGGUGGCUACCUGGGGGCCACGGGCGGGGAUACCUGCCCCACCGUGGACCUCGGGCCCGGCGGAUCUUCGUACACGUUCACUCUUCUCACGAUCUACUUCAUGCAGGUUCACCAGGACGUCAAGCUCCCCUGCCUCCCGCCCGCGGCGUUCGCGGGCGGCGGUGGCGAGGCUGGGCACGCGAAGCUGGCCGCGGCCAGGUCCGUGUGGUCCAAUCGCUUGCCCCUGGGCGAGCUUCUGUUCCGCUUCUUUAUGUUCUACGCCCAGGACUUCGGCUGGGGCACCGAGGUGGUCUCCGUGCGCCUCGGCCACCGGCUGCAGUACGGCGACUCGUUCUUCGAGGGCCUGCGCGGUCGGUGGCACAUGCGGCUGCACGCCGCCUUCUGCAUCCAGUGCGGCCGCAGCCCCUGCGGCCUGGGCCCCGCGGGGGAGGAGGCCUCGGCGGGGGGGGCCCGCGCGGCCGAGGGGGAGGACGCCGCGGCGGUGGUCUGCGAGUUCGACGGCCGCUUCGCGACGUCGCCGCCCCCGACGCCGCACGCGGGCCUCGGCUCCCCGCCCCCGUCCCCGGAGAGCCCCAAGGUGUGCCUCGAGAGUUCGCUGGCGGGCGGCGCGCUGCUGGGCUCCUUGCGCAGCGGGGGAAGCUCCGCCAGCACCCGCUGCUCGCUCUCCGACGGCGCCCUCGAGAGCUCCGGGGACGAGCACCACCAGGCGGAGCGGGACCGGCAGUGGUGGAAGUGCAUGGCGGCGGCCGACGCCGAGGGCACCAAGGAUCAGAGGAGGAAAAGCUCGGCGACGGGCCGCGCGCGAGCGACGUGGCCGGCGCCCGCGGCGAGCAGGCGGCCGCCACUUCCGCCUGGCUGA